CUGCAUGUCCAAAAGCUUCUCCAGAUGAUAGAGCCAAAUGCAAGAAUGCAAUUGAGGAGGCAAGGAAUAAAAAGAAGAAUAAGAAAAAGGAAGAAGAUCUGAUGAGAUCAACAGUCAAUAUUUCUGAAAAGGGGGAAGGGAAUGGCGAUGAUGAAUUGCAAGAAUUAGGGAGUAAUAACCCACCCCGCACACUUGGCCCUAUGGAUAAAUUUGCAAGCUCCAUCAGCCCUGAAGCUGGUUCAAGUGUAAAAAUGACACAAAGACAACAAAAUAUCAAUGAAGCACUCUUUAAAGAGAGGACACAGACAGUCCGUGAAUAUUGUGCUAGGUGGGUCUAUGAGCGCGGUAUUCUUUUCAAUGCCAUUGAUAAUGACAGUUUCAAGUUGUUUGUUGAGGCAGUUGGUCAAUUUGGGCCAGGCUUCAAUCCUCCUAGUCAAUACCAGUUGAGGGAAACGUUGCUAACGGGGGAAGUUGACAGGAUGAAAGGUUUGUUAAAGAAGCAUGAAGAAGAGUGGGCAAGAAAUGGGUGCUCCAUUAUGACAGAUGCUUGGAGUGAUAGAAAAAGAAGGAGCAUCAUGAACUUAUGUGUUAAUUCUAAUGCAGGUACUGCUUUCCUUUCUUCUAAAGAAUCUUCAGAGGAGGCACAUACAAGUGAACUCAUUUUUGAGUAUGUGGACAAAUGCAUUGAGCAAGUUGGGCCACAAAAUGUUGUCCAAGUGGUAACUGACAAUGCUGCCAACAAUAUGGGAGCGGCAAAGUUAUUGAAGGUGAAGAGACCCAAUAUCUUUUGAACAUCAUGUGCUACUCACACCAUCAAUUUAAUGCUUGAAAGCAUUGGAAAACUGCCAAGGUACAAAAAAGUCAUUGAUCAAGCCAAGAGUUUGACAAUCUUUAUUUAUGCACAUCAUAAGACCUUAUCCUUAAUGAGGUCAUUUACAAAGAAAAGGGAUAUAGUGAGACCGGGUGUCACUAGAUUUGCUUCUUCUUUCCUUACUCUACAAAGUUUAAUGGAGAAAAAGAGUCAAUUGAGGACAAUGUUUACUAGCUUUGAGUGGGAGGAGUGCAAGUGGUCAAAGACUGUUAAAGGGAAAACAGCCUAUGCAACUGUGUUAAGCAUUGCUUUCUGGAAUGGUGUGACUAUAUGUCUUAAGGUUUUUGCACCUUUGGUGAAAGUGCUUCGAAUUGUUGAUGCAGAUAAGAAGCCUUCUAUGGGCUUUUUAUAUGGAGAGAUUAAUCAGGCAAAAAAAGAUAUUAAGGAGGCCCUAAACAAUCUUGAAAAGAACUAUUUGCCUAUUAUGGAAAUUAUUGAUGCAAGAGUGAAAGAUAGGCUAGAUAGUCCAUUGCAUUUUGCGGCUUACCUUUUGAAUCCAUAUUAUUUGUUCAAAGAUAUGGAUAUGCAAUUUGAUAAUGAAUUGAUGGAUGGGUUUUUUAAUGCUGUGGAGAUGUUUUUUUAUGGUGAUGAUCGCAUGCAAGGGCAUAUUUUAAAUGUUGAGUUGCCAAAAUAUACUUGCAAAGAAGGAGUUUUUGGAAAGUCAUGGGCAAUUCAAGGGUGUGCAACAAAUGAUGAUAAUUAUAACCUAGUUAAAUGGUGGAUGACUUAUGGAAAUCAAACACCAAACUUGCAACGAAUGGCAAGAAGGAUCCUCUCGUUAACUAGUAGUUCAUCCGGUUGUGAAAGAAAUUGGAGUACUUUUGAAGGGGUUAGUGCAUAUUUUAAAGUGUUUUCAAUAUUUUAAUCAAUUAGUUAUCUAUCAUUUAUAUUGAAUUAUUGAUAUUGCUUUCAUUUUCUUCAUGUAGAUACAUACGAAG